AUGUCCUUGCCCCUUACAGAAGAGCAGAAGAAAAAGAUCGAGGAGAAUCGACAAAAGGCUCUGGCACGUCGAGCUGAGAAAUUAUUAGCAGAACAGCAUCAAAGCACAACUAGCUCUUCCCAGAAUCCCCCCCGGAAUCCUUCAAAACCAGUUACCCAGGAUGUCGUUUUCAAGCAGAAGAACCCCACUUAUUCAUCGAAUCCCCGCAAAAGUCAGCUUAACACUCCAGAACCAACAGAAAAGGCCUGGAAGAACCAGGAAGAGAAGACCACCAGCUGCCCAAGCCACAGGCCAUGGAGUCAGAAAACUCUCAGCGGGGUCGUCCCUCCCCUGGCCCAAAGCUGUAAGAACGCCAACCAACAGACCUUGGCUUUUGAGUUAGGCAAUGGUCACGUUCAAGCGUCACACAAGACUACACUGACACCCACUGCUAAUGCAACUCAUGGGCUUUUGACUAAAUCAGUGAGGUCCCAGGAGACACCAGCCUCUUCCCUUGGACAGCGUCCUGGGGAUCCUGUGUUACUGACAGAGAGAGUGCCACCCUCCGCCUCUGGACAGACCGUUGCUGAUGUCCGUUAUGGCUCAGGAAAGGUAACCUCUCAGACAGAAGGAAGACUUCUACAGGAUCCAGGACAGUCACUCCCAAAGGAAGUAAGCUCGCAGAAGGGCCUGUGCAUAGCAAAUGGAGACCGUUUCCAGGUGAAGAUUGGGUACAAUGUGGAGCUGCUUGCAGUGUUCAAGAGUCUGCCCAGCAGACGUUACGAUCCUGUCACCAAGAUGUGGAACUUCAGCAUGACUGACUACAGACCCCUGAUGAAGGCAGCUCAGGGCCUCCCCACAGUCACCCUGCAGCCUUUGGGGACCAGCAGUGGUGGCGGCAGCGAGGCGGUCCCCAGCAGCGGGGGACAAGCCAGCCUUCCAGCAGCACCAUCACCUGCCUUAGUCAAAGGUCGGUGCAUACUCAUCUCCCGAAGCCGAUUCGAGGCAGAAGUCGACUAUUCAAAAGAACUCAUCGCAGUGUUUCAACAGCUGGGUUCCAGGAAAUACGAUGUCAAGACCAGGAAAUGGAACUUUCUCUUGGAAGAGCACAAUAAACUGAUUCAGAAAGUGCGCUGCCUUCCACAAGUUCAGCUGGAUCCUCUGCCCAAGACAGUUGUCCAGGUUUUCGCUUCUCAACUGGAGAAGACGUCUCUUGAGCGCCCCGCCGAUGUCCCUGAGGCAGACCUCUCCGAGGUGGACGCCAAGCUUGUGAACAGCCUGAUGCCCUUUCAGAGAGCCGGUGUCAAUUUCGCCAUAGCAAAAAGAGGCCGCCUGCUGCUCGCCGAUGACAUGGGCCUUGGCAAGACCAUCCAAGCUAUCUGCAUCACGGCCUUUUACCGGAAGGAGUGGCCCCUCCUGGUGGUGGUCCCAUCGUCUGUGCGCUUCACCUGGGAGCAGGCCUUCCUCCGGUGGCUGCCAUCUCUGAGCCCAGACCACAUCAAUGUCGUGGUGACCGGGAAGGACCGCCUGACAGCCGGCUUGGUCAACAUUGUCAGCUUUGACCUUCUUAGCAAGUUGGAAAAACAGCUAAAGACCCCUUUCAAAGUCGUCAUCAUUGAUGAAUCUCACUUCCUCAAAAACAGCAAGACUGUCCGCUGUCGAGCAGCUAUGCCCAUUCUAAAGGUUGCCAAGAGGGUGAUCUUGCUGUCGGGCACCCCAGCCAUGUCCCGGCCCGCUGAGCUCUACACCCAGAUCAUCGCGGUCAGGCCAACCUUCUUCCCUCAGUUCCAUGCCUUCGGACUGCGCUACUGUGACGCCAAGCGGAUGCACUGGGGGUGGGACUACUCAGGCUCCUCCAACCUCAGCGAGCUGAAGCUUCUGCUGGAAGAAUCGGUCAUGCUGCGGCGCCUCAAGUCUGACGUCCUUUCCCAGCUCCCUGCCAAACAGCGCAAGAUGGUAGUGGUCGCCCCUGGACAGAUCAGUGCCAGGGCCAGGGCCGCCCUGGACGCCGCAGCCAAGGACAUGACCACCAAAACCAAAAAAAAGGAACAGCAGAAGGAAGCCCUCAUUCUCUUCUUCAACAGAACAGCCGAAGCCAAAAUCCCGUCUGUCAUAGAAUAUAUCCUGGAUUUGUUGGAAAGUGGAAAAGAGAAGUUUCUAGUGUUUGCACACCAUAAAGUGGUUUUGGAUGCGAUCACAAAUGCCCUUGAGAAAAAGCACGUGCAGCACAUCCGCAUCGACGGCGCCACGUCCUCCGCCGAGCGCGAGGCGCUGUGCCAGCAGUUCCAGCUGUCUGAGAGGCACGCCGUGGCCGUCCUGUCCAUCACCGCGGCCAACAUGGGCCUCACCUUCUCCUCCGCCGACUUGGUAGUUUUUGCCGAGCUCUUCUGGAACCCAGGGGUGCUAAUUCAGGCCGAGGAUCGUGUGCACCGCAUCGGACAGACAAGCUCUGUGGGCAUUCACUACCUCGUGGCAAAAGGCACAGCGGAUGACUACCUCUGGCCCCUCAUUCAAGAGAAGAUUAAAGUUCUGGGUGAAGCUGGACUUUCGGAGACUAAUUUUUCAGAAAUGACAGAAGCUACCGAUUACUUCUACAAGGACCCGAAGCAGCAGAAGAUCUAUGACCUGUUCCAGAAGUCUUUCGAGGAAGAUGGAAGCGAUAAGGAGCUCCUGGAGGCAGUGGAGGCUUUUGAUCCAGGAAGUGCUUCAGGAACAUCUGGAAGUGGUUCCCAGGACCUGGGAGACACCCUGGACGAUGGCCAGCUCACAGACAGUCCACCAAAUAAAAGGAGAUUGGAAUUUUUUGAUAACGGGGACAGUUUUACCUCUCCCCUUUGA